AUGGCCACCAGCCACCGCAUCCCGAAAUUCGUUCCGGCAGAGCCGACCAAGGAGAAGCUGGACUGGAUCGAACUCGUCAACGUCGACUUUGCCAAGUACGAUGACCCCAGCACAAGGAAAGAGCUGGCGCAGGACCUGCUCAAGGCAGUUACCGAGCAUGGCUUCCUUACCAUUUCCAAUCACGGCAUCUCGGACGAGCUGUACGAGUCUCAGAUGAGCCUCGCCCAUGCGGUCAUGACUCUGUCUCCGGAGGAGAAGCAGCCGUAUGAAGCAUCGCCAGAAGAGGAUGCGAGUGGUCUGUACGUCGGCUUCAAGCCGUCGGGGGAGCGUGGCAUCAAAGGCGGCUUCCACAAAACCCUGGACCACUACAACGUCCUCGUGCACGACCCCCAGAACCACAAGCACCCCGACAUCCUGGAGCCGCACAUGGACGAAGUGAACCAAACCAUGCACAUCAUCCGCAACAACGUGCUGAAGAAGCUCCUCGUUCUCGUCGCCAUGAUCCUCGAAGUUCCCGAGGAAGCCGUGCUGCGCACCCACGCCUUCGGCAAAGACAGCACCGAAUACCUGCGCUACAUGAUAUACAACCCGCGGACCGAAGAAGACAACCAGCGCUACCGUGACCUCUACCUCGCCGGCCACACCGACUGGGGCACCUUCACUUUCCUCUUCUCUCAACCCAUCGCCGCCCUUCAGAUCCUCGACAACAACGGCGCGUGGAAAUGGGUGCAGUACCUCCCCAACGCGCUCGUCGUCAACGUCGGCGAGGCACUCGAGCUGCUCACUGGAGGCUUCUUCAAGGCGACCAUCCACCGCGUCGUCAAGCCACCGCAAGACCAGGCCAUGAAGAAGCGCGUCGGUGUCAUCUACUUCUCGCGGCCGGUCAACGAUGUCCCGCUGCAGCCGAUUGAGUCGCCGCUGCUGAAGAGGCUCGGCGCGGACAAGCCGCUGGAUCCGGUGGUGUACACGAUGCCCGAGUAUUUGAAUGCGAGAAAGCACGGGUAUAAGAGGCUGGACUUCGAUAGUGAUAGGCCGCGCCAGCUGGGGCUGCACGAAGAUCCGUUCCAUGGGGAGUAUAAUGAUCCGCAGGGGUUCAAGGCGUUAGGGAAGGAGGCGAUCCAGCCGUCAGGGGUGGCUGUUUGA